GAAAAAAGUGUCAUGAUAUGUCACCGCAAUAUAAAAUCAACAAAAUUUAAUAUUUAUUAAAUUAAUGGCCAUUGGAACAGUAAUAUUAUCGGCCAAAAAACGAUGCAAUUUACUUUACAUAAUAUCAGCUCUGUGCAUAAUACAGGCGUUAAUUGGUGGCGCCAUCACAGGACCUUCGAUAUACAUUUACGUCUCAAUAGCCCCAAUAGUUUCUGGAGAUUCCGCUGAAAUAAAAUUCGUGUUUGCUACAACUGGUAUUUUUGGUACGCACGUUAUUUUUGAUUGGUUGAUUGGAAUUUCUGUUGGACGCAGGUGCUUUUCAAAUGCAAAAAAAAAGAGUACCAGAAAUCUUCUCUUAAUAUGGUGCUGUACAGGUUCUAACACUAUCAUAAACCUAAUAAUUAUAGCAAGUCUAACGAAAAAAUUAAACAAGCAAAUUGGCAGAUCCAUGAAAAAUAGCCUACAAAGUUCUAUGAGAAACUACUUAAGAGAUGAAAGUGUUAAAAUGAGCAUGGACGAAUUGCAAUACUAUGAGAAAUGUUGCGGUAUUUACUCAUAUGAAGAUUGGCAUGAGUUAAGCUGGUUGAGUAAAUAUGAAAUUGAUGUGAACUCUGAAGGAUUUAAACGGUACAGGGAGGGUGAUGAAAACGUGCACUUACCAAUCGUCCCAUGGAGCUGCUGUAAACUGGAAUUUCCCACUCAGUGUCUCCAUGACCCCCUUCAACAAACCAUGAAUGCCCAUUUGUGGAAAAACGAACCAAACAUUGUGACCGACUCAAUAAACGCUAAUGGAUGUCUGGAUAUAGUUUGGAAACCAAUUACAAAAAUCCUGGCUGUAUUCGCGGUGUUGAUAUCGAUAUCGACUAUCUUGCAUAUUAUUAUUUUUUGUUUGAUGAGGAUUCUAUACACUUCUUGUCGAAAUCUUUACUUGCUUCCGGAUCAGAAAGGUCUUUCUCCUGGCUGGGUGUUUGGAAGAGGUGAUUGUGGAUAUUUUAGAGGAAAAACUCUCAACGAAAUCAUGAUGGGAAUAGAUCAAUCAGGCCCUCCAGAGGACAGAUCGGAAAAAUCAGGCAAAAAGCAUUUAAUGGCUUUCAGGAGUUUAAAGGCCAUUAUGAGUAAAAAUAAAAAGACAAAAAAAGAACGUCCAGAAGAAGAAAAGCUAAUGAAUGAAUCGACUUCACCGUCAUUUUUUAGUGCGACUACCCGAGGCACAUUCAAUACGUCCGAAAAAAAUACUAUCCCAGAUACAGAUGUAUUGUUAUACUUAAAAUAGGAUUUUAUACAGACCUAUACAUAUACAUAUACAAGUAAGAAUAAAU